AGCUGAACGACAGCCAUGGAAACAAGAGAGAGCUAAAACAAGUAACAGCCAUCAAGACGGAAGUGAUUUUUCAAUGGAAGCCAUAGUUCUUUAUCCGUCUCCAGGUAUUGGUCACCUGAUAUCCAUGGUGGAGCUGGGCAAGCUCAUAUUGAGUCACUACCCAUCCUUCACCAUCAAAAUUCUUCUCAUAAACGUACCUUUCAACACCGGAUCCACCGCCGAUUACAUCGCCUCCGUCUCCGCGGCCGUCCCUUCAAUCGCCUUCCGCCAGCUUCCCACUAUUUCUCUUCCUCGAGACCCUGCCUCCUACACUUCAAUUGGAGUCAUGGCGUCUGAGCUUCUCCGCUUCAACACUCCUCAUGUCCAUGACGAACUCCUUUCAAUUUCUCAGAUCUGCAAUGUUAAUGCCCUAAUAAUCGACUUGUUCUGUGCUCCUGUUCUUGGGAUAGCCGCAAAACUUGGAAUUCCAGCGUAUCAUUUCUUCACUUCUGGUGCUAGUUGCCUGGCUUUGUUUUUUCAACUUCCGGUAAUUCAUCAAAACACCAUUAAGAGUUUCAAGGACCUGGAAGGUACUACUGUGGAUCUUUCUUGUUUGCCCCCAGUUCCUUUGUCUCAUAUGCCAACACCGACGUUGGAAAGAAACACAUUUGAAUAUGAAAGUUUUAUAGAUUGUACAGCUCAUCUGAAGAAAUCUGCAGGAAUUAUUGUUAACACGUUUGAAUCUCUUGAACCAAAAGCCGUGAAAGCAUUGGAGGAUGGAGUUUGUGUUCCCGAUGGUCCAACACCGUCGAUUUUCUGCGUCGGACCACUGAUUUCGACAAAUCAUCAAACGGGUGGUGGGCAUGAUAAAAUGCGUGAAUGCUUAACUUGGCUUAACACGCAACCGAAUCGAAGCGUCGUGUUUCUGUGUUUUGGUAGCAGGGGCGUGUUUUCUAAGGAACAAUUGGGGGAAAUAGCAAUUGGAUUGGAGAGAAGUGGCCAAAGGUUCUUGUGGGUCGUACGCGAUCCACCUUCCGAUGUCAAAAGGGAGAGCAUCCUUGUUCAAUCCCUCGAGCCAGAUUUGAAUUCACUGCUACCAGAUGGUUUUUUGGAACGUACCAAGGAAAGGGGAUUGGUCAUGGGCAGUUGGGCACCACAGCUACAGGUGCUAAAUCAUGAAUCGGUCGGAGGUUUCGUGACUCAUUGUGGGUGGAACUCGGCGCUGGAAUCGAUUUGUGCAGGUGUGCCAAUGGUGGCAUGGCCGCUCUAUGCAGAGCAAAAGAUCAACAAAAUAUUGCUGGUGGAGGAGUUGAAGCUGGCAUUGCCAAUGAAUGAGUCGGAGAGUGGGUUGGUGAGUGCAAUUGAGGUGGAGAAGCGAGUUAGAGAUUUGAUGGAGUCGGAUCAAGGAAAAUCAAUGAAGGAACGAAUGCUGGUCAAGAUGAAGGAAGCACUAAAGGCUAUGGGAGAUGGUGGGUCGUCCAGGGUUGCAUUGGCCGAACUGGUCGAGUCAUGGAAGCAAGGAUGGCAUACAAAACCAGCAGAUGAUUAUAAAGAUAUAUACAGUCUUCCUUCUCUGUGUGUCUUAGAAUUAGCCAUGAAGGACACCAUAGCUCUGUAUCCAUCUCCAGGGAGAGGCCACUUGGUCUCCAUGGUUGAACUAGGCAAGCUUAUUGUAAAACAUUACCCUUCAUUCGCAAUCACCGUCAUAAUCCCCUCCAUACCCAACAAAGCCACCAACUACAGCCACUACACGGAGGCCGUCACCGCUGCGAACCCGAACAUCACCUUCCUCCACCUCCCACCCAUCUCGUUCCCUCUGGUAGUGACCGACGUUGUAGCAUCUUUCUUCGAGCAGCCUCGCCUUAACAACCCCAACCUGCACCAAACCCUCGUGGACCUCUCCAUGUCCGGUAAUCUCAAAGCUUUCAUGAUCGAUUUCUUUUGUAAUGCUGCGUAUGAAGUCUCAGAUAGUCUUAACAUCCCGACUUACUAUUACCACACUUCUGGUGCGAGUGGUUUGUGUAUGUUUCUUUACUUUCCUGCGAUGGACAAGAUCAUUGAUGCGAAUGGCUGGAGAGAGCGUGACUUUGAUAUUGAAGUCCCCGGAAUUCCAAAACUUCCAAAAUCAUACAUGCCAGAGUCCGUGAGAAGUGGGUCUGGCAAAACCCACCAGUUUUUCAUCGAAACUGCAAUUCAGAUGGCCAAAUCUACUGGAAUCAUUGUUAAUACAUUCGAAUCGCUUGAACAGAAGGCGGUCAAGGCCUUAGUUGAUGGGCAAUGUGUACCAAAUGUUCCGCCACUGUAUUUCGUCGGUCCGGUGACCGCGACCGAUGAGAGUAAAGAGAAGCACGAGUGCCUGAGUUGGCUCGAUUCGCAACCGAGUCGGAGUGUGGUGUUUCUCUGUUUCGGUAGCAUGGGAGUGUUCUCGGCGAAGCAAUUGAAAGAAAUGGCGAUUGGUUUGGAACGGAGUGGGGUUGGAUUUUUGUGGGUGGUUCGAAAUCCUCCACCGGAGGAACAUAUGCGCAAAUUUACUCCGACUGAGCCAAAUCUGGACUCAAUUUUGCCUGAAGGGUUCCUGGAAAGGACAAAGGAAAGGGGUUUAGUGGUGAAGGUAUGGGCACCACAAGUUGAGGUACUGAGUCAUGAUUCAGUGGGUGGGUUCGUGAGUCACUGCGGGUGGAACUCGACUCUUGAAGCAGUGUCCGCCGGAGUACCUAUGUUGGCUUGGCCUCUUUACGCGGAGCAGCAUGUUAAUGCGAAGGCUUUGGUGGAGGAAAUCAAGGUGGCGUUGCCGGUGACGGAGGCGAAGGACGGGUUUGUUACCGCAUCCGAGUUAGAGAAGCGAGUUACUGAAUUGAUGGACCCGGAGAAAGGUAAAGCCGUGCGAGAACGAGUUUUGGGCUUUAAAAACGAUGCCGUAUCUGCCAAAGGUGAGGAGGGUUCCUCACGUGUUGCCUUAGCCAAGUUAAUUAGCGGGCUUGUUUAAACAAAAGUGUACCUAAGCUUGGGGGCUUAAGCCUUGAGCAUGAAUUAAUAUUCUCCCUUUUGAAUUAGUUAUUUAGCUUUUGUUUGUAUGAUUUUAAUUAAUUAUCGUA